GGUACUGGAUUUGUGGGUCGAAAUUUAGCUACCUAUUUGAUUAAAAAUGAUUUGGUUUCCAAGAUCUGCUUAGCUGACAAAGUUCCACCUGAAAUGGCGUGGCUUAACGAUAUUCACAAGGCGGCCAUUUCAGAUGAAAGAGUAAAAUUCAAGUCCGUUAAUCUUUUAAAUGAGGGUACGCAACUGUCAUCUCUAGAAAAAGUAUUUACUUGUGAAGAAGGCGAAUUUGAAUUCAUUAUAAAUUGUGCCGCUGCUACCAGAUACGGUCAAGACAAUUCUGUAUACGAAGAAGGGAUUUAUCGCUUGAGCUUACUUGCUGCUAAGGAAGUUGCAAAGCACAAUCAUCAUUUAUUCAUUGAGCUAUCAACGGCUCAAGUUUACAGUAGCGACAAGAAAAGAAGUAAUGAAGAAUCUAAACUCAAUCCGUGGACAGGAAUAGCAAAAUAUAAGUUAAAAGCAGAAAAGGGGUUGGAAAGUAUCUCAGGACUAAAUUACGCAAUUUUGAGACCAGCAAUUAUUUAUGGUCUUGGAGACCGCCAAAGCUUAACACCACGCUUGAUUAUCGGAGCUGUGUACAAAGAACUAGAUGAAAAGAUGAAGUUAUUGUGGGGACGUGAUCUCCGAUUGAACACGGUACAUGUUCACGAUGUGUGCCGUGCAAUUUGGCAUGUAUGUAUACAUGGAAAAAAAGGCGAAGUUUACAAUUUAGCUGAUAAGGGAGAUACAACUCAAGGUUUUAUCAGUCAAUGUAUAUCGGAGAUAUUUGGAAUAAAGCACGACUACUUUAAUACCGUUAUGUCAAAUUUAGCUUCGCUAGGAAUUUCCACUAUUUCGGAAGAAUCAAAUGAAAAGCACAUGGAACCGUGGUCAAAGGCUUGCAAAAGAGAUAACAUUACGAAUACACCGUUAAGCCCUUACUUAGAUCAGGAGUUAUUAUACAACAAACAUUUAUAUGUUGAUGGCUCAAAAAUUGAGAAAUCAGGAUUUACAUACGAGUAUCCAAAUUUAACUACGGAAUCUUUGAGAAUGAUUUUACAGGACUAUGUUCGGCAAGGCUUAUUUCCCAAAUCACUUAGUAACGGUAAUUAG